GGUGUUAACCAAAACGACUCAGCGGAACUAAGAUGCAAACUAAGAACAUUAACCUGAUCCAGGACCAAAGAAAUAAAGAUCCCUGUGAUAUCCAGAAAAUAGGCCGCCAAGAUGGUGUUCCAUUGGAUGUGUCAGUGAACCAAGCGAUAUCGAACCAAGUCACGGUCGCCGCGGUCGGUUCUACGUAUUGCGGUACACUAUCAUCGGUGCCGCCGUACAGGAUGCCGCCGGCGCCCGAGGCGGCGCUGCCCGGCGCGCCCGCGCCCUCCACGCCCGCACCACUUCACACGCACUCCGCCAAGUUCCCCAUAGAACGUGAAGUGAUUCUCUCGACGGGGGACAAAAGCUCUAAGGUGCCCAUCUUACAAGAGGCGAGGAAGAGGGGCAGACUAGGGGCCGUCGCCCCUGAUACUCCCCCUAAGGCGCUAUCUGCAUGGACACAUGCUGAAAACCAGCAAGCCGGUCCGUCAGGUGACUUCAGACAAUACGAACAAAACUACGGGUACGCAAUGCACCAAAACCAAUCCCCAAACCCAAACCAAGGAGCUGUCGCGAGAAGCAUACAGAACUACGAUUCUCCGAAACCACCAAUACCAGCCAAAAACACUUACAAACCAGACCAGAACUCUCACAUAACUGUCACAGUUGAAACUGGGAAAGACAAUACUAGAGAUGCACCAAAAAGCAACAAUUCAGUCAGCAAAACCUACAACACAUUAAAAGACAUGAUAUCAAGUAGGUUCAAAAACAAAGAUGGGGUUGAAGAAAAGAAUGAAGAACCACGGCUCAAUAAUACAGAAGAAAGACAGAGGCCGGAACCGGAACAGGCUACUCCUAGAGAAAUGCCAAGGAAGGAACAAGGGAUUUACGGAAGGCCCGUACCACAGCAUCGGCCGGAAAUGCAGUACAGUCAUGGUAAUAUGGCGAAUAAUAUGGCGUACCCCAGUCCAUCUCCUCAUAGACAACUAAUGCAUCAGCAACAACAAAUAGUCCAGCAACAAAUGAUGCUCAACCACCAGGCCAGGUCUCAGGAGAUGUUAGCGUCACCUCACAGGCCGCAAGCUUUGGGGGCAGAUGCUCUGUAUCAGCAGUACGGGCCGCCAGGGAGACGGAGUGCAGUGUAUCAACGAGAUUUAGAUGUCAGGUCUAUGGCGAACUUCACCUCGUUGAAGACGGGUCCACAACCACAGUUUGAAAAUUCACAUUCAAGAUUAGACCUUAGAAGUCCUCAGCAAAUGGAAAGAGAAAUAGUUCGGCAAAGAGGUUUCGUAGAAGGAAGAAGGGCAGCUUCCCAUCCUCACCUACUUGAUGAACCACAACAGAGCCCUAUAAUCAGUACCCCUCAAAUACAUGAUCGAUCUAGACGAAACAGUCAUGGUAAUUUAUUGGACAGUAUGCCAAGCGAAAAUGGACCUCCGAGGAGUAAUGAAGAAAGAGAAUCUGAUGAUGGGGGAUUUAGAAUGAGGUUAGCAGCACAAGGAAGAUCAAGCUUUGAGGAACGGAUCCGAACAAGUGGACGCUCAAUAGAAUCCCGACAAGAAAGAGGGCAUGAAGUUUAUAGAAGGACUCCUGAUAGUCAUAGAGAAUCAAGACGAACUCCCGAUUCCUUAGGUAAAAGGCAAAAAGAACUGAAAGAAUUACCUUCUACUUCUGUUGAUGUGAUAGAAAGGAAUGAUGAAAGUGCGAGCCAGAAAUCUGCGGAUAGUGUGUACAAUUCUAGCGGCAAACCCGAAACGUUCAUCCCACAACCGUCGUCUUCGAGACAAACGCCAAAUAGGAUAGAGGAUUUGAAAGCGCACGGUAAAAAAGGUGCGAGUUGUUCUGGUACUAGUUCAGAUUACGACAAAAACGGCGGGCAGUCAUCAAACGUGGACUCAGGCAGAGGUAGUGUGGCGUACUCCAGCGGCCGACGACCUGAUGCCAGUCUUCACGACACGUCCGCUGACUCAGACGCCGUGGGCUCCAGGGUACAACCCCAGCCUGGAACUAGUCAGCAAAAUCCUGGACCAGCUGGUGAGAACGAGUGGGCAGACCUGGUGGAGUGUGAACUAAGACAGAUCUUGGAGCCAAAGCUGUCCAACAUGAGGCUCGACAGUUCGGCCAGCUCGGAUGGCUCCGUCACUCCUCCUCUACCGCCCUUGUCUCCGUCUUCAGACUUACAUAAACGGAACAGUUUACCGGGAAGAUCGGCCGAGUACCCUGAAGAGAGACGCCGAGGCCGGGAGUCCCCGCGCUGGCACGCACACUCACACUCACACUCACACAAGAAGCACUCCUCCAAACGAGAUCACCACUAUAAGAAACAUUUGUUCGGUCUAGACACCACUGACAUGACGUCCACAACAACCCGCAGCCUGGAUCUAUCAUCACUGCUAGACGGACGGACGGACAGCGACGCGUCGACGGGUGACGCCCGAGCAAUCCGCCGGCAACUGCGCGGCCUCGAGAACAUGUACGCUGAGGUUCUGCAACUUCUAGGAGUUAGGAAACCGGCCAACUUGCCUAAACCACCUACGUGGGAAGCAAGGCUAACAUCGAAACGUCGCUAUGGCAGCAUGUCGUCACUUCCAUCAAGUUCAGUAAGCAGCCGGCCGGUACGCGAGAAGCGAAGGAGUUCCAACGAACACAGGAAAAAACAUGAUCUCAAGGGUAUAAACAAGCGGUUCCAACGGCUGGAGUCGCACGUGGUGACGCUAGCUCGCUCGGUCGCCCACCUGUCGAGUGAGAUGCGCACGCACCACCUCGUCAUGCAGGAGAUGGACAACAUCCGCGCGGAGAUCGCCGCGCUGCGCCACAUGUACAAAUCACAACAGUACAUCAGGUCGGGGCACCACCGCCACCUGGACCCCUACUCCUUCAGCAACCCCGACCGCGUCAAGCGACUCACCAAGUUCUUCGGGGAUGAACCGCCUCUGAUGCGGCUGUUCUUGAAGAAACUUGGAUAUGAGAAAUACGCAGCCCUCCUCGAAAAAGAGAAAGUUGGUGCCGCAGAACUGCCCUACGUGGGUGAGGACAAGCUGCGAGCCCUGGGCGUACCGCUCGGGCCUCGGAUGAGGAUCCUGAAGGAAGCUGGCAUCCACCAGGAUAUACACCACAUGUCCAGAGAUGACCAUAAUACCACCACCACUACUUUGGCUAUUGUAUGAUGAUGAUUCAAUGCAUAGGGUCAUACAUAACUCAAAAGGGUUUGCUGUACUAUCUUUACAAAGCACUUUAUUACAGGACCAACCCUUAAAUCUUAAAAUUAUUUACGUACUUACACACGAAAAAAGUGAAACUUCUUUAGUUUAUAUAAUAUGUAUGAUGGAGUAAGUACAAAAUUCUGUAAAACCUACUUAUUUAAACUGCUUAAAUCUAUUUCAAUCAAAGUAGGUACUUAAUUAGUUAUAACUUAAUUAAUUAAUGAUUGUUAUUUUAAUUGUAAAUAUUUAUAAUAAGUGAUUAAGAACUUGUUUCGUCUAUUUUAAAAGUUAUUGAAUAGAUUACGGUCAAACCUCUGAACUUUUGAAUUAGAAAUUGGUUUUUUACCUCAGGAAAUGUUUUUUAUCUUAUUUUGUCACAUUUACACUUAUGGAACAACGAACCGUCUAAUAAGCAUAUAUACAUGAACAAGUAGUAUAGCACACGAAGACUUUUGGUUUUACUUUUAAAAAGUCACCAUGUUUUUAACAAAAUAAUCCUAGUUUUAGUUUUUUGUCAAUCAUUAUUUUUAACAGAGAUGAUGCCAAAGAAAAUAACAAUCGGCAUGUAGGUAUCCCAAUGUAAAUACAAUUAAUACUACUGUAAAUAUUAUUAAU